GCGAGCCAAGCCUGUAUAUGUGCGAGUUGUAAAAUCGAGUAGAGGAGGCAACUCCCUCCGAAUUUCUGCUCCCAGUUGUGAGUGAGCCGGCUCGUGAGUAAGUCAUCUUCAGUUCGAUCUGUUUACCUAUUGCCAUGGCUGUCGAGAGGAAGCAGUUGGAUCUUACCCCCCUGAAGGAUGCUAAGCUCCCAGUUAUUUUCGUCCUUGGUGGGCCAGGAUGCGGCAAGGGCACCCAGUGUGACAAGAUCGUGAGCCAAUACGGCUACACUCACCUCUCGUCAGGAGAUCUCCUCAGGGAGGAAGUCGCCUCCGGAUCAGAGAGGGGCAAGGCCCUCAACGCCAUCAUGGAGAAGGGCGACCUCGUCCCCCUGGAGGUGGUGCUGGACCUCCUGGCCGAAGCCAUGCUCAAGAAGGUCUCCGAUUCCAAGGGCUUCCUCAUCGACGGCUACCCUCGAGAGCAGGCCCAGGGCGUCCAGUUCGAGGACUCGAUUCUUCCAUGCACCAAGGUCCUGUACUUCGAAGUCCCAGACGAGGUCAUGGUCGAGCGCCUUCUGAACCGCGCCAAGACCUCAGGUCGCGUCGACGACAACGAGGAGACCAUCAAGAAGAGGCUGGCCACUUUCCACAAGCACUCCGAACCCGUCAUUGACUACUACAAGGACAAGUGCAGCACAAUCGUUGCCUUGGGUUCCCCUGACGAAGUCUUCUCCGAAGUCCAGAAGGCUCUCAGCGCCCUGCAGUAGACAUCUUCGUCAUCCUUCAAGAUCCAACUUCAACGGGAAACAAUUUCCUUGCAGCCAAAACGGAUAGAAACUUUUUCUCACGAUCUGAAAUUAGAUCAAAGCUGUCCACCACAUCUUCCUAGUACUACUUUCGUCGCUAUGAUUAAGCAAAGCUUCCGGUGAUACAUACAUAGACUCAAAGCAGAAUCAAGCUUAGCGUUCAAAGCUUCUCUUCCAGCGAAGGGGGGCGGGGACGUUUGAGGCAGCUAGCUAGAAAGAAGUAGCUCGAAAUCACCUUUCACUAUGGCCUUAAAUUUUCAGCAACACAAUCAAUAGAGUGGCUAUUUUCUUACUUUGUAAGUGGAAUCAUUUUGCAGAAGCUGAGGUUUUGGUUUCCAAUAGAGCGGAUAAUAUGUUUUUUAACCCAUAUUGGGUGUUCAGCCAGAUGACGACAUUCUCCUGUCUCCUCCUGCAUGAGGUAGCUUUUACUAUUCCGGAGAAGAGUGACAGAUUACUUACUUCUAUUUUAUUUCCCAUGCUGGUUUGAUGUCAGUCUUAGAGCGCGUUGACAUUCUGAAACUUUUGUUUCUCUUUCUAGUGACUAUAAAAUAUGUUUUCCAUCAAUGAUUACGACAAACGGACAGCUGAAACAACUCUAGUCAAUCAGAAUCAGUCGCUCUGUUCUGUUGUUUUGUUGCCUUUUUUUGUCAAGAGGUGAACCAGUCUUUCGUUGUUUUACGGUCACGUGACUUCACCCAACGGAGGCCUUGCCAUUCUCGGUCUUUCAUAUGAGGAACCGGUAGUCUGAAUUCAGGCUUCUUAGAGAAGUGUCCUUUCAGUCGCCUCCUAACUUACUUCCCAAGUAGUGCAUCUCGUGAAAGGAUGAUAACUGAGACGAUUUUUCAGGUUGAGAUUAUAGAUUCACGAAGACCCUCCUCCCCACACUUCGAUCUUUGUGUUUUCAUCCGAGUUUUCUUCACAGCACUUGAGUAAUUCCAGUUACCCUCUCCAUUCAGUAGAGUAGUGAAUAUAGUGCCCUUAUAAAUGGGAAUCACAUUCAUAUACCACUUUUAAUGUAGCUGCCAAAGUGGCUUUGUAGCCUCUCCAGUGAGACUUACUCUUCCAAUCGCGAACUAUGCGUUGUCGAACCGAGUCUCCUUCGGUUUACCUUUGGUCUCUGCCACUUAGUACUAAAGAGUAGCCGAGAGCCGUUUGACUCUCUCUCAUUCGCAUGACAUCCCUCACUCUUGUAGGCUGUUGAUUAAUGGCAAAAAAGGCAUUUUUAGGUCUUCCUGUGGAUGUUAAUCUAAUCCUAAGAGAGUCACCUGUUGCACGAAUCACCAUUUUGAUUGUUAUCUUAGCCCAGAACGUUUAGAGCAAUGCAUAUAUAUAGAAGUGGAUAUUGCAUUUACUCGUUAUAAAUGAGAUUUUUGAUUGUUGUCUUUUGAGAGCCUGAUAAUUAUGGUAAUGUUUAAACUUAAGGCAAAAAUACUUUAAAAGCUUCUGUUCUCGCACUGUGAGCGAAAUCCAAUCUUCCAGAAAUGCUCAGAAGUCAUUGGGAAAACCCGACACCACGUAACUAAGACUAUCUUGAGUCCAUCUCAGAGUGAUCGUAGUCUCUUUCAUGACUGUUCAAGAAAGCAUUGACUAGUCCCUGUUGUGAAUGUUGUUAUCUAUACGGUUCAUUUGUUGAUUUAUACAAGACAUGAAUGUAUUUAUAAAUUUUUUUCAUAAAUGUCACGUAAG